UGCUCUCUUGUGGACUCUCUCAAGGCACUUUGGAUAAAAGCCUCCGCAAGAUGUGGCAGAUUGCAUGUCUCUUAUCUGUCCUUCCCAAGGCAGGUGGUGAAGUAUCUGAGGGAAACGAGUAAAGAGAGGAAAGGUUUUAUUUCUAGAAGGGGGAUAGAAAGAGGCGCAUCUUUCCCUUCCAGUUAUUUCGGCCACCGAGCCAAAAGUGUGGUUUCUCUUUUCUGGUUUAAUCACCGGAGCGGACGCUCUCCUCCACAUCUCUUCUUCUCCUUCUUCUUCUCUCCCCAAUCGUUCUGUCUACUCUGUCGCCGAACGAGAGAAGAUCCAGCUCAUCUCUCAUACCCCUCCUCUUCCUCUCUCCCUCCUGUCUCACCACUCGGUGUUUGGAGGAGAACCCAAAAGAAGCAGCUCAAGGCUUCGCGCUUUUUCCUUCUGCGUCCAGCGUUGCGAGAAGGAUUUCCAAAAGUCAUUUCAAGUGGACUUUUUUCGUGAUUUUGGCACAAAGGCAGCGUGGCUCUGGACCGCAUCGAGGGGAAGAGAAGGAAGGACGAAGCACUCUGACCUGGAGGGGACGUAUUUCUGGGGAACGAGAAAAGUAAAGAAUUGACGAAGAGAGAAGAGGAAGGUACCGGGGAGAGAGAUGGAGAACACGCGUGGUCUCUUAUUUCCGUCUUUUCGGAUGGAUUAGGACACCGAGCAGAAACGAGGAGAGACCUUGACUUGGAACCUGUCGUUUUAUAUCAUCGACUUGUGUCUGGAUAUGGACUGGUCUCUGUAAUCGAUCAGCUGAUUAUUGGCUGAUUAACUGUCGGACGUUAUCACCCGGUAAACUUGGACUUGUGGGGGAUUUUAAGAGGAGAAGGGAACCCCGCACUGCAGCUACUCCCUCCUGGCAUAACAGCACCUCCGGGGUGAUUCAUUGAUUGAUCAAUAUAUUGACGACACCAAACUGAAACAAUCUAUUGAUUAUCUCAUCACUAAGGUCGACCUUUCUGCCCAUUUCUCCCAUUUUAACGUUUGAAGUAUAUCCUUCAAUACAACUUAUAUAUAGUAAAACUAUAUGUACCAGCAAAUAUUUAUGUCCCUGUAGGAAUAUUACAUAAAUGUUAAAGCGAUCAUUAAAAAUUAAAUAUGAAGUACAUUAAAGCCCCUGAAGAGAUAUAGCAUGGUGCUACAAGGGCAGAAAGUACCAUAAAUAACUAUAAGAAGGAGCAUAAACUCGCACAAUUGCCACAACAGCUUCCCUCUGAAAUCGUUCUAAUAAUUUAAUAAGGAUUAUUAUAGUGCAAGUGCUUCGCGGGACUCCGGUUCGGAGAUUGGAAGUUAUUUUUGGCUGCGCAAAGUGGAGCGACUCUUCCACACCAGUGCCCGGACAGAGACAGACUGAACGCAGAGGUCUACCUACUUGUCUCUGUCUAACAUCCCCGGCCCCGGAAGAAAGGAGAGGGGUGGGGGGGCACAGAGGGGAGAGAAGGAGAGGAUGCGUAACUGUGGUUAAUUGGAGGGGACUUAGCCUUCAAACAUCUUGGAGCAGAAGAGAGAGUGAGGGAUUCUACUCUUUUUUUUUUUUUUUGCAGUUAGGAAGACGUUUCCUGUUUUAGGUUUCUAUAUUUCGAAGAAGAAAAGCGACCUCUAUACUUUCAUUUAUCUCUCCAUCGUCCCGUCAGUUCGGAGAGGGAGAGGAACUGGCUGAAGGAGACCCACGAGGAGAGAGCCAGAGGUGGGAUUUAUUUCAGCAGAUGUUCACCAUUUCGUCCGGUUGAGAAUCUGUCAUCAGCGCCGCUCGGAUUCAGGAAUAGACACUCCGAAGCACCGGGUGCCAGUGGAGACUAGAGAGAUGAAGGCUUUAUCCCUCCUCUUCCUCCUCCUCCUCCUCCUCGCCUCGGGAGCCUGUGACGGCGUCAAGUACAUCUCCAAGAGGAACUCAGUGGACGGAUGCAUAGACUGGUCGGUGGAUCUGAAGGAGUACCACGUUCUGGCCGAUGAACCUGUUCGGGUGAAAUGUGCCUUGUUCUACAGUUACAUCCGAACCAACUACACCACGGCAACCAGCGCCAAGCUGCGCCUCAUCUGGUACAAGAACAAAGGAGAUGCUGAGGAGCCGAUAAUCUUCUCGGGUCACAGGCUGAGUAAAGAAGACGACUCCAUCUGGUUCAGAUCUGCUGAAAUGGAAGACAAUGGAUUCUACACCUGUGUACUCAGGAACUCUACAUACUGCAUGAAAGUGUCCAUGUCCAUGAUUGUGGAGGAGCGGGAUGAGGGGAGAUGCUUCAGCAGCAAAAUCCGACAUCUGGAGAAAGCUGAGAUCACCCAUAGCAAAAUGAUCACCUGCCCUGAUAUAGAAGACUAUUUGGCCCCGUACAAGCAACCGCAGAUGACCUGGUAUAAGGAGUGCGAGCGGGUUGAAUGGAGAAGCUCCAUUACUGUGAACACUACAAAGAUCUGGAUUCCUGUGGUGGAAGAGGGUGACGGGGGAAAUUACACCUGCGAGUUACAGUAUGGAUCCAGACUGGUGCGGCGGACAACAGAGCUCAAAGUUACAGCUCUCCAGACCACUCAGCCUCCCAAGGUCCUUUUCCCCCCCGAGAGACAAGACACCGUGAUAGAAACCACGCCUGGUAUGCCUCUCAGUCUGGACUGCAAGGCGUUUUUUGGCUACAGUGGAGAAAACAGAAGGCCCAUUAUCUACUGGAUGAAAGGAGAAAAGUUUGUUGAAGAACUCGCGGGACACAUAAAAGAAAGUGAAGUCAGGAUUUUGAGGGAGCAUUUAGGGGAGAAGGAGGUGCAGCUGUCCUUAACGUUUGAUGCUCUGGACGAGGCAGACCUGGCCAACUACACCUGUUACGUGGAGAACCACAUAGGGAGGCGCAGCGGGAGUGCUAUACUGCAAAAGAAAGAUAUGUAUCGUCUGGAGCUGGCUGGAGGUCUGGGAGUCAUAUUGUUGCUGCUGGGAGUCCUGACAGCACUUUAUAAGUGUUACAACCUGGAGAUCAUGCUCUGCUACAGGAGACACUUUGGAAGUGAUGAAACCGAAGACGACAAUAAGGAGUACGACGCCUAUCUGUCCUACACUAAAGUGGAACUAGACUGUUUGGGCAGGUCGAGCAGCGAUGAGGAAGCAUUUGCUUUGGAGAUCCUGCCGGACGUUUUAGAGAAACAUUAUGGAUACAAGCUGUUCAUACCAGACAGAGAUCUAAUACCCAGCAGUACCUACAUUGAGGACUUGGCUCGUAGUGUGGAGCAGAGCAGACGUUUGAUCAUUGUUUUGACUCCGGAGUUUGUCGCCAAGAGAGGGUGGAGCAUCUUCCAGAUUGAGACACGCCUCCACUCCAUGCUGGUUACCGGGGAGAUAAAGGUGAUCAUGAUAGAGUGUGCAGACCUGAAGAAUGUCAUCAACUACCAGGAGGUGGAAGCACUUAAACAUACGAUCAAGGUUCUAUCCAUCAUCAAGUGGAGGGGUCCUAAGAGCAAUGAGCUGUCGUCUAAGUUUUGGAAACAGGUGGUCUACGAGAUGCCUGCUAAACGCAGAGAGACAUUGUCCAGACGCCAGGUGAUGGACUCCGGUGAACAGGGCCUCUUUGGUGACCUGCAGACCACCGUCUCCACCAUUGCCAUGACAACCACCUCCGCCUCCUUGGCGCACCCCAAUGAGAGUCGCCAUGGACAUCAUCAGGUUCCCUUAGCGACAGAGAUCCCCGACUACAACCAGAUGACGUUGCCGCUGGGAGGCGGCCACACUGCCACAGCAGCCCAAAUGAGGCAUUUCUGCCGCAGCUACGAGUUCCAGCUUCCCCCACAGCCCUCCUCCCUGUCGCCCCCCCUCCCACCUCCCUCCACCGUGCAGUUCUCCACUCUGGGCCCUGGAGGGCGCCACGUCUAUUGCAACAUCCCUAUGACACUGCUGAAUGGACAGGGGUUCAGAGCAGAUCACUGGGGAACAAGAGGUCCCUCACAGCAGUACGCUUGGGAAGAAGCCAGAACUCCACCUGAACAGCACCUUUGUACCACUCACCAGCAGAGAACUCAGCUCUGACAUCUGGUAGAGGGACUGCUCAACUGGUAUUGGAUUACAAACCAGUUUUUACACCGGCUUUGGAAAUGAGAUGGACUAGUUGGUCGACUGGGUUUCAAUGAGGUUUUGGACGGUGUACAGCCUUGGUUUUCAGGAGGGACUACUUGACUUGAGGACUGCCUGCAGAUUGAACAAAGGAUUGCUUUAAGACUGUAUGAGCCCAACGGUUGGAUAGACUGCAUACAAAAACAGAUUCAGAUUGUAAAACUGAUCGUAUGCUGGUUUUGGACACAGCAACUGGGUACAGACUGAGACAAACUGGUAUGUAAGCUGUGCAGCCAUGGACAUUGGAAAGGAGCGCUAUGAUACAACAUGACUGGUCAUACACAUUUGCCUGGUGCAGAGAGUCUGAGGACAAGAUUGAACAUGUGAAGUGAUGAACUGGACAAGUCAAUGAAAAGGUCACUAACAAUGAGUGAGAAAGUCUGUCAAAUAAGCUACCAAGUUGGACCUCGGAGCACAAAAAGAAGCAAGUAUCUUGAAUUGCCGUCACACACCAGCUGUGUACCCCGGAAAACAGGUUGAUUUGUCAGCUGCUUAAAUACUCAGAAAUGGCGGUCGACCGAAAGACAAAAGCAGUGUAAUCUCAGAAUGCCAGUCGACCUUCUACCUAGCUGAGUUCUCGGUGUAUCCAUCUACCUGUGGACUAGGUGGCUUGUCAGUAAACGAGGCAGACUUCAAGCAAUGAUUUUUGGAAUACCAGUCCACCUUAAAACAACAAGUCAACCUCUCAAAAUACAAUUCCUGGUUUGGUCCUUAGACGCUAAAAUGGUUGACUUAAAAGAAAUGGCAAGAAUAUCAAGAUAAUAAGUGAUGUGUGAAGCAAUUGCUGAACUUAAUUACUGAGAAAGCACAGUUAGCUGGUGUAUAUGGAGAUGUAACUCGCUGACUAAAAGGCGUUACUUCUUGAGCUAAUAGGCACCGAGAGACUGCAAAGCAGCCAGCUCACCUUGUAACCCAGUAAUCAGCAACUAGACAACUCAUCAAGAGGUGAGCUGGCCAAGAGGCGACCUAACAUCUUUUACCACCGAGCUGAAAUCAUGAAGGACUUGGCUUUUUCUAUUUGCAUGAACACCCAUUUAGAUAAAAAAAAUAUUCAAAUAAAUAUAGAUAAAAGAGUAAAUGACACAAUCAUUUCUCGCAGCCUCUUUUAAUAUGGAGGAGAAGAAACGUAUUUUGUUGAUGAAGUAUAUUUGUUUUCUGUCCGGCCAUUAUGAAAUGAUAAAAACUGAUAAAGGGGAAAAAAGGAGAUGUCCCUCCAAAAACAUGUUUAUUUUCUGUUGUUUUAUUUCAGAAUUGUCUGCUUUUAGAAGGUUGGUGAGCAUUAUAACCAGUCUUUGUUUUUAAUGUUUGUUACAAUAGUCUCUGUACAGCUUCCAUAACUUAUGCAUAGACCUAUACACGACAGUGAUUUGUUCUCUAGAAUUUCUGUUAUUUGUGAGAGUUGUAACUCUUACAUUGUGUGUGAGACUCAGAGCCUCUUUUUGCUUUCAUUCUGUUCAUCUUUUCAUUAGUGGGUAGAUAGGUGGGUGGAUGGAUGAAUGAUGGA